AUGAGUAGACAAGAAAAUGCCUCAGUUUUGUCUGGAUUCCUAUUAAUAGGAUUUGAAGAAACUCACAAGUUCCAUCUCUUAAUAUUUGCUGUGUUGCUGUCUUUCUAUGUAGGCACCUUAGUAAUAAAUACUUUAAUUAUCCUGAUAGUAAAAACAGAUCCUAUGCUUAAUACCCCAAUGUAUUUUUUCCUUAUGCACUUGGCCUAUUUAGAAGUUUGUUAUAUGUCCGUUACAAUCCCUAAACUAUUGGAGAAUUUGUUGGUAAAUCCUGCAAGUAUUUCCUUUUGGGGAUGUGCCAUGCAGAUGUUCUUCUUCCUGUGUUUUGGAGUGGCUGAGUGCUUCCUCCUAGCUGUAAUGGCAUUCGACCGGUACAUUGCAAUAUGUCACCCUUUGCGCUACACAGUCAUUAUGAACAGAAAUGUUUCCUGGAAGAUGGUAACUGGUUCAUACAUAUGUGGGAUUGUAGUUGGGCUGCUCCACACCACUGUCACAUUUCACUCAUCCUUUUGUGGUGUGAUCAUCGACCACUUCUUCUGUGAGAUACAGAUACUGUUGGAAUUGGUCUGUGGGAACACAUAUCUAAAUGAAGUCCAAGUAAUAGGUGUGGCUUUUUUUGCUGUUGCACUACCAUUCCUGCUGAUCAUCCUGUCUUACAUUGGCAUUAUCUUCACUAUUGCUGGGAUGCCAGUUUUGGAGAGCAGGCAUAAAGCUUUCUCUACCUGUUCCUCCCACUUAAUAGUGGUCACCCUUUUCUAUGGCACAGCUAGCUCCAUGUACCUAAAGCCCAAAUACAGCUACUCUCCACCAGUGGACAAGCUUUUAUCAUUUUCCUAUACAGUUGCAACUCCCCUUUUAAAUCCAAUUAUCUAUAGUCUAAGAAACAAGGAAAUUCAGGGAGCCCUGAAAAAGCUCUGUAAGAAAAUUUAUUUAUUUAUUUAG